AGUGCAACACUUGUAAUAUUUUUUGGAACCAUGAUGUUAUGGCAGCCAAGAACAUGUUGACUAUUUCACAUUGUAUUUGAAAUGGUCAAGGUCGACGUAAUGUCUUCAAAAGACAACUCGCCACCUCCAAUGUGGUUGCCUCGUCCCACUCCGGUGGAGCGCUAGCUUAAAGAUUUUACAGGUAAAAAGUGCCUGUAGAGGUUCCGGUAAUAAUUUAGGCUCCGAAAUGCGACGAAUCCCAGUGAGGGCAGAGUUAAUUGUAAAACUGUCAGUAGACCAGUAUUGAGUUCCUUCUCUACAAUACAAUAUGGGUAUCAGCCGUGAUUCUCGCCACAAGCGUAGCGCCACUGGUGCUAGACGUGCUCAAUACAGAAAGAAGAGAAAGUUCGAAUUGGGUCGUCAAUCUGCCAACACCAAAUUAGGCAGCAAGCGUAUCCACUUGGUUCGUGUUCGCGGUGGUAACUACAAGCGUCGUGCUCUUCGUUUGGACAGCGGUAACUUCUCUUGGGGUUCUGAAGGUAUCUCUCGCAAGACUCGUGUCUUGACUGUCGUUUACAACGCCUCCAACAACGAAUUGGUCCGUACCAACACUCUUGUCAAGGGUGCUGUCAUCCAAGUUGAUGCCACUCCUUUCCGUCAAUGGUAUGAAUCUCACUAUGCCAUUGGUCUCGGUAAGCAAAAGGCCACUGAAAAUGCUGAAGCUGAAAAGAAGUCCAAGGCCGUUCAAAAGAAGAUUGAUGCUCGUGCUGCCACUGCUGCUAUUGAUCCCCUCUUGAAUGAUCAAUUCAAUGCUGGCCGUCUCUAUGCAGUCAUUGCUUCUCGUCCCGGUCAAUCUGGUCGUUGUGAUGGUUACAUCCUUGAAGGCAAGGAACUCGAAUUCUAUAUUCGUAAGAUUAAGUCCAAGAAGCAACACUAAAUUGCUAUUUCUGUCCCAUAUUUUUGUUUACAACGAAGAUAAGCUUAUUAGCAGUAAUAAAAAGAUAUCUUU